GCAGCGGCGGCGGCGGGGCUCUGCCUCUCCAGGAGCCCAGCGCAGGCCGCAGAGCCGGGGCCGCUGUGAGCCAAGACCGCGGGCCGCGGAGCCCGGGCGGCCGGCGCGGAGAAUUUGUUCCUGUUGAAGAGUGGCUCCUCUUCUAAUUUCCAGACUCCUCGAGAUUUUAGGAGUCUGGGUGAAAUUCUCUACCUCUAAGGAGAUACAGUACCUACUCCUUCCUCAAGGGCAAGCCCUCCAUUGCUAUGGAUACCGAAUCCACUUAUUCUGGAUAUUCUUACUAUUCAAGUCAUUCGAAAAAGUCUCACAGACAAGGGGAGAGAACUAGAGAGAGACACAAAUCACCCCGGAGUAAAGAUGGCAGAGGGUCAGAAAAGUCUGUCACCAUUCAAGCUCCCACUGGAGAGCCCCUGUUGGCAAAUGAUUCUACUCGGACAGAGGAAGUUCAGGAUGACAACUGGGGAGAGACCACCACGGCCAUCACAGGUACCUCAGAGCACAGUAUAUCCCAAGAGGACAUUGCCAGGAUCAGCAAGGACAUGGAGGACAGCGUGGGGCUGGAUUGCAAACGUUACCUGGGCCUCACCAUCGCCUCCUUUCUUGGACUUCUGGUUUUCCUCACCCCUAUCGCCUUCAUCCUGUUGCCUCCGAUCCUGUGGAGGGAUGAGCUGGAGCCUUGUGGCACAAUUUGUGAGGGGCUCUUUAUCUCCGUGGCGUUCAAACUCCUCAUUCUGCUUAUAGGGACCUGGGCACUUUUUUUCCGCAAGCGGAGAGCUGACAUGCCGCGCGUGUUUGUGUUUCGUGCCCUUUUGCUGGUCCUCAUCUUUCUCUUUGUGGUUUCCUAUUGGCUUUUUUACGGGGUCCGCAUUUUGGACUCUCGGGACCGGAAUUACCAGGGCAUUGUGCAAUAUGCAGUCUCCCUCGUGGAUGCCCUCCUCUUCAUCCAUUACCUGGCCAUCGUCCUGCUGGAGCUCAGGCAGCUGCAGCCUACGUUCACACUGCAGGUGGUCCGCUCCACCGACGGCGAGUCCCGCUUCUACAGCCUGGGACACCUGAGUAUCCAGCGAGCAGCACUGGUGGUCCUAGAGAAUUACUACAAAGAUUUCACCAUCUAUAACCCGAACCUCCUAACAGCCUCCAAAUUCCGAGCAGCCAAACACAUGGCCGGGCUGAAAGUCUACAAUGUAGACGGCCCCAGUAACAAUGCCACUGGCCAGUCCCGGGCCAUGAUCGCUGCAGCUGCUCGGCGCAGGGACUCCAGCCACAACGAAUUGUAUUAUGAAGAGGCAGAACACGAACGGCGAGUGAAGAAGCGGAAAGCCAGGCUGGUGGUUGCAGUGGAAGAGGCCUUCAUCCACAUUCAGCGUCUCCAGGCCGAGGAGCAGCAGAAAGCCCCAGGGGAGGUGAUGGACCCUAGGGAGGCCGCCCAGGCCAUUUUUCCCUCCAUGGCCAGGGCGCUCCAGAAGUACCUGCGCACCACCCGGCAGCAGCACUACCACAGCAUGGAGAGCAUCCUGCAGCACCUGGCCUUCUGCAUCACCAACGGCAUGACCCCCAAGGCCUUCCUAGAACGGUACCUCAGCGCGGGCCCCACCGUGCAGUAUGACAAGGACCGCUGGCUGUCUACACAGUGGAGACUUGUCAGCGACGAGGCUGUGACUAAUGGAUUACGGGAUGGAAUUGUGUUCGUCCUUAAGUGCUUGGACUUCAGCCUCGUAGUCAAUGUGAAGAAAAUUCCAUUCAUCGUACUCUCUGAAGAGUUCAUAGACCCCAAAUCUCACAAAUUUGUCCUUCGCUUACAGUCUGAGACAUCAGUUUAAGAGUUCUAUAUUUGUGGCUUUAUUAAAAAAAAAAGAAGAAGAAAAAUAUAGAGAGAGAUAUAUAUCUAUCCCAGAGGGGUGUCUUUUUUUUUUUUUUUUUUUUAAUUCUUCUUCACUGCUGACUGAAACUGGCAGGUGAUAGACCAGUAUCCUUUGACCAUCUGCACUUUAUUUGGAAGGAAGCAGGGACUGUCCACCCUGAAAAAAAGUGACUGAUGCCAUCUGACUUUUGUCGAUAGGACUUCUCAAGAAGCUGUUCCCUGGAGUUUCUGUUACAGCUGUAAACCAAAGUGGAGCUGGUGCAUUCUUGGGAGCCUCGCCUUACAGCAACUGCUUCCUGCCUGUCGUCCAGUACCACGUCCCCCAUUGCUUCCGGUCAGCCCACUUGUAGACUUCCAGGGGACACAUCUUUAUUCUGUUUCAGGAAACCGGUCACGACACGUCCACACGUGUAUUUGUGUAUGUUAAUGUUCAGUAUCACAUCACCCAUGAGAGUCGUGGGCAGUUCAGGAGACACCUGCCUUCGUCUUGGUUCUUUGUUGCCUUCGGUUCUUCCGAGAAAAAUCACAACAAAAAAUGUGCACUGUUGUUUACAGCUA